AUGGAGAAAUGGUGGUACAAAGAUGACCCAACCGAGAAGAAGGCGAGGAACGUCCUUCCAGAGAAGACACGCCGUAUCUUUGAAGGUAAACAGAUUGUCUGUGUCGAGUACCAGAACAUCACAGAGAACGACGAACGUGAUAUCUUCAAGCGCGUGCAACUGGGCAUGGCGCUCACCCCUGCCGAGAAGUUGCAGGUCAUCAAUACCCCACGAGCGGCCUUCAUCCGAGACCUCCAAAACGAACAUGUCAAGGACGGCGGCUUAUCAUCCGCGUAUCUGGAAUGGGACAGCAGCCGCGGCGGCGACUUCCGCUGUCUUGCCCAAGCUCUCUGGUGCAUCGAGAAGUACGGCCCCAACUUGAAGAACGCUGGCUCAAUCAGCCAGUUAGAAAAAUGGCUGACCUCGGAAACCGAACUUGACGAAGAUUUCGAAGAAAAGGCGACGGAUACUUACCGCAUCUUCUCGGAACUGGUCCAGGACCCCAAGCUGGGGAAGGUGUUCAAGAAACCGACGAAAGUCUCGCCGAUAGAGUUUAUCCUGAUCAGCCUACUCAUCGCGGUGCAUAGGACCAGCCUCUCGAUGGGCCAGCUCUCGAGCGCAAUUGGGACCAUGCGGACCCUGGUACGCAAAGAACACGUCGAUAUCCGAAUGAACAACCGCGUCGCCAAAACCAUGCUGGACUACAUCCGGACGGUCAAGCGUAGCGAUUUCGACCAGGAUUCAGAACCUGUGGCAGCGGCACCAGCCAAAGGCAAGGGCAAAACCAAAGCACCGGCCAAGCCAAAGUCGAAACGAAAGCGCGAAUCGGGGAGCAACAACGAGAGCGACGAGGACUACGCCGAAGGACCGGCCAAGGCCAAACCUAAGAAAUCCAAACCUGCACCAACCCCCAAAAAGGUGCCCCCACCACCUCCCAUGAAGAAGGAACCACCACCCUCAUUUCCUUCGCUGCCAUCUUCGAGUGGGAGCAGUCGAUUAGCUGCGCUCCGCGAGACGGCGCGAGUUAGCACACCGCCAUCCUUACCUUCCCUUCCCACCACCAGUCAAACACGCCAAUCAUCUGUCUCCUCCAAUCCUCCAACACCGCAACUGCCUUCCCCUGGUCAACGCUUCACGUUCCCUUCAUCACUGAGUGCCGUCACUGGCCCCCAAAGCCACAGUGUGCUACAGGGGCAGAUGCAGCAACAGCCAUACUAUUCCCAACAGCAACCCCAGCAUUCGCCUUACACAUACAACCCUACUGGAGGUUCGGGCUCGACAGCGACAGCGAAUGGAUACCCAGCCGCGACACGAUACGUGACAGGUGGGCAGCCGCCACCUAACCCGCCAUCGAGAGGAAACAGCUAUAGUGGGAGCGGCAAUUGGGGCUCGUGGCGUUAAUGGCUCGUAGGAGAGCUUCUGUGUAUAUUAGAGCGAUGGAUACUUCCCGAUAUGUUUCUGCACGUCCAUACCGAUUUCCUUUAGUGAUGUGUGUUCUCUAUUUAGAACGCUUUCGUAUUCCCUGUAUGUUUUCAUCUACGUUUCUCCUCCCGCCGUAGAUUAGUUAUCCAGUGUCUUAUUUCAUAUACUCCUUAUCUCGA